AUGAACGCAACAGGAGAGGAGCAGUGGACCGGUCCAGGCAAUGUGCCUCCUGGCUUCGUGCUGAUGACCCCAGCGGUUAAAAUGGCCACUUCGGUUGUGUACGGCACAAUCUUCAUUUCCGGGAUGAUUGGGAACUUGCUGGCGAUUCGGGUCAUUUGGGCUUUAAAAGGUCAAGCCUGCAAACAGAGUUUGAGCCACCACAUGGUCAGCAUGGCCUGCUCUGACCUCUUCAUCUUAACCCUGGCACUGCCCAUUGAGUUGUAUGGCAUCAUCUGGUGUCCAUACCCCUGGCCAAUCGGAAAUGUUGGCUGCAAAGGUUUCUAUUUGCUCUGGGAGAUAUGCAGCUACGCAACUAUAUUCAAUGUCUUGACAUUUAGUUUCCAACGUUACCUGGCUAUCUGCCAUCCAAUGCUGGCCAAAGUCAUGGUAACAUCAAGAACCAAGAGGUUAAUUGGGUUGGUUUGGGGAGUGGCUGCCAUCACAGGACUCCCUGUCACCUUCGCAGUGGGUGUUGAAGAUGCCUGGAAGCCCUUCAGGUCGGGAACUGAGACCUUACCACCCCUCUACAUCUGCACUAAUAUCUCUGGAAGAAAAGUUAUCUUUGAGCUGGUCAUUUACAUCUCGUUCUCGCUCUACAUUCUGGUUCUCCUCUUCGUCGCUUUUACCUGUCGACAGAUGAUUAAAACCCUCCUCAAAGACCGACCUCUGCCCAUCGCGCUUAAAAGGACAAACGCUGCAGGAAAAGUCCUGUCAAAGCCCAAAGCGAUAAGGAGGCAAAAUGUGGUGAUGUUGGGGUGUAUCGUUGCAGUGUUAGCCAUUUGUUGGCUUCCAUUCCAGGCAAAGCGUCUAAUGACAGCUGUGAAAUCCAAAACCCAAUGGACAGAAUAUUACUACAGAUCCUAUCUGGCCAUGCAGCCCAUUACCAACACUUUCUAUUACCUCAGCUCUGCAAUCAACCCUUUUCUUUAUAACGUGACCUCUAAGCAGUUCCGCAAGGUAUUUGUGCAAGUCCUGAGAGACUUCUGCCAGUCCAGCUCAGUCCCAUCAAAGCAUGAGAGGAACUCACAAUUAAAUCUGAAACAAGAGUCCACCUCGUUAAUUGGGAGGCCGUCCUUAUCCAAGAUUGAAGAGCUGAAGAAUCCUCUUGCAGUCUAA